AUGGUACUGAACAUUAUCGUCCUGGAUGAAUCGAGCGGAAAGGAACGCGAUGUCACCGUAGACGAUAUUGCGACUGUAUUUCUCGAUACCUUUCUUGCCGCUAUAUCACCCCAGCAGCAUUUUCAACAUUUUCGCUAUGAAGAUGAGGAUGGCGAUCUUGUGGCUGUUCGAACCAAUGAAGAGCUUGCGGUCAUGUUGUCUUCACCGAAAAUUCGUCCACUAAGGAUCCAUUUAAUUUCGGAAGAUGAGUCUGUUCUGGAUGGUAAUUUAGCAAGCAUUAUGCCGGAUAUGUUGAAGCGACUUGAGACUAUUGGAUUCGGUUAUUCUGGUACUGUUUACAAAGCCCUAGAUGUGGAACAUGAUCGGAUUGUGGCAUUAAAAUGUAUUUCUGUUGAUGGUUAUGCAGAACAUUUUGUUGUUGCUCGAGAGCUACAGCUUCUCAGAAAACCCAUACAUCGUGAAUUUCUUCUCGGCCGCACUCCUUGA